AGGCUGCGGAGCGCGGCCGAGCAGCGCAGCGGGGCCGCGCCCGCCCCGGCCCGCGGGCAUGGACGAGGACGGGCUGCCCAUCGUGGGCUCCGGCAUUGACCUCACCAAGGUUCCUGCUAUUCAGCAGAAAAGAACUGUAGCAUUUCUAAACCAGUUUGUGGUUCACACAGUGCAGUUUCUCAACCGCUUUUCUACUGUUUGUGAAGAGAAAUUGUCAGCACUCUCUCUCCGUAUCCAACAAAUUGAAACCACACUCAAUAUUCUGGAUGCAAAGUUAUCCUCAAUUCCUGGCCUAGAAGAUGUCAAAUUUGAAGUGUCCAGUGAAAAUGUGAAUGUUACAAAUGGUCCUGUGGCACAGACUGCUACAGAUCAACAGACAGCUGCAUCACCUCAGUCUGGAAACAAUACACAAGAAGAAGGCUUACAGAAAACAGAGGUGGUAACAGAAAAUGUCACAACUGUGGCCAAGGACCCAAGAUAUGCCAGAUAUCUCAAAAUGGUACAAGUGGGUGUUCCUGUAAUGGCAAUACGAAACAAAAUGAUUUCUGAGGGGCUAAAUCCAGAUCUUCUCGAGACCCCAGAUGCCCCUGUGCCUGCCUGGGGAGAUGAUGGCAAAGCAGAAGACAGUUCUGAUAAUGAAUCUUCAUUCAGUGACUGAAGAGAUUGAUUCCAACCUUUGGAAAGCUUUGUUAAGUGCUCAUGUGUUUGGAGCUUUGGCGGACAAUGGUUUUGUGUGGAUCACAUGGGUGACAUGGAUUAUCUGAUGGCAUUUUUAAGAACUAAGAUCCUCUGUGUUCUCUUCUGUAAAGCUUGAACAGGCAGCGUCUUUCAACCUGAACCCUUCCCCCAUGAAAAUGAAUCGUGAGAUCCUUGCAGCUUCUAUGCUGCAUCAUGUCAGAUUCGUUUCUGAUUCUGCUGAAAUUACUUUGUAGAGCUCUAGAAUUCCACACCUCUAAAUCUCCAUGUCUCUAAAACUGCAUACUGGUCAUUAUUAGAUUUUCUGUGUAACACAAUUAACCUAUGUUGCCUUCUUUCUGCCCCAUAACUUAAAGGUAAACUGACGGUGGAAAAUGAAAGUGUUUAAUUGAUGGACUGUACUUCUUUCUCAAUAUCCUCUAUCUGCAGUGAUGCAACAAGAAUUGCAUAUAAAUCGGCUCUCUUACAUUGAUUGCAAAUCAGUGAUACUCAGAUUUGAGGAAAACUAAAAUACAAGUGAAAAAUAUAUUAAAAACCAUUUUGAAUCUAUUUUCAAAACAUGCACUGCUAUUCAAUGCCACAUUAGAGUCUGUAUGAAGCAGUUAAAGGAAGUCCUACUCCUGAAGGGUUGAUUUAUUGAAUUCAGGUUGCAGUGUUGUACAAAGGUACAGAAGUGGCAAGGUUGAUUUGAGAAUGACACUGGGAAAGAAAGCAAGAGACUGGGAGAUCAUUAAUAGAAUCUCACUACUUGUUCAUUGGUAUGUGCAUCAGUUGAAACCAUUUUCUGGUUUCUUUGGCCUUACUCAAAAGAAGCUGUGGCUGAGCAGUUUGUUUAGAAUGAGAAAACACCUCCAAGUUGGUGUUUUUGCUGAUAAUUCCAACAAAGAAGCUAAAAUUCAGUUUGUGUAAGGAUAAAACUAACUUGGCACAUCUUGAGGCAUGUAUUGAGGAACAACAUAAAGAAAUGUCUGAUGUGCCCUGAAGAUUCUCCUCAAGAUUACUUGAUGUACUCCAUGACUCAAAAAUGAUAUAUCAUUAAAGAAUCUUAUUUAAUACAAUUUGUUCCACAUGAAAUCCUUCACAAUCUGUUUGAAUUCCCCAGAUUGUUGUAAUUAUACCAGAAUGCUGUGUGCCAGGCAGUCAUUAACUUUCUGAUAUUUCACAUUCUUGCUGUGACCAAGAGAAGACUAAAACUGAAGCUCCAAGUAUGUAAGUUUGUUAGCCUUUAUGACUGAGUCAAUACCUUCUCUCUUAGUUAUUUGUGCCACUUCAGUAGGUUACCCACUUUUUUUUCGUCCUGUAACUUAAGCAUGGUUCCUAGCAGACAUAUUUAUGCCCUCCAUAACCUGUAAAUCAGAGUAAUGCCUGAAUCCUACAAAAGCAUAUAUGCACUAGAGGAUGUCUAGAGAUGGUAUUUCAAUGAUGGGUUAAUUGCUAUUGAACACUUUAAAAUGUACUUAAUAGUUAACACUUGGUAAAACACAAAAAAUAUUAACAUAUUAGCAAUAAGUAUUUAAAAUGUAAAUGCGAUAAUGUUGUUUCAGAAUGUAUAUAUUGAAAAACUCAUGAUUUUUAAAAUCUAUAUUUGAAAACUCAUUUAAGCAGUGUGUAUAAUAAAAGCUAUACUUUGUAAACCAAA